AUCAAAGAGCUUGAGAGAAGAAGCUGUUCCAGCUGCCUGCGGAUUUCGACCAAUCGCAUGAUCAGCUUGAGUCACUACCGGCGUCUCUCUCAACAUGGAAAUUUACGUUCUCAGUGUUUCCAGGGAUGGCAUUCAGCUGGCGCUAAGCAAGCCUCAAACAAACCCCCACCGCCGGAGCAACACAGUCCAUGUAUGCAGACACCGCUUUCGAGAAAUGGAGGUUUCCGUGAUACUCGCAAGUAUGAGCCAUGUUCUAGGAGACUGAACCUGACGAGGAGGAGAUGGUCCUGGCCAGCUCUGUCUCGGCCGCUUCAGCUUUCAGGCAGACAGCCACAGGAUAUUUCAGCUGCCGGUAACGAAAGCCUGUCUUCGUUCGUUUCUCACGCCAUACGCAAGACUUCAAGGCGGAAAUGCUUGACCGCGCAAUAUUCUGAACGCCCAAAAAUCACAUAAAAGCCUUCAAAAGGACCGUGAAGAAGCAUAACUCGAAUCUUUCUUCAGACUAUAAGAUGCUCAUCAUCGACCUCGUUGCUCGACUCUUCUGGUUUCCCUUCAAGCCAUUCAGACGAUAUCUCCCCCCUUCUCCUCCUUCUCCUGCACCUGGUUUCAAGCCCGCACCUCCUCGCACUCAACCUAACUCACCUCCUGCCAACAAACCCGACUCUCUUGUUGUUACCAUCAAGCCUUCCAAGAUGUAUAUCUACACGGGCAAGCUCAACUGGGAUGGCGACUCUGCUCAGGCCAAGGACGAGACUUUCAUAAUCAUUUUGCCCAACGGUCACGUCAGCAAGGAUGAUGUUGCCUACGUCUUCUUCCAGUGGACCAAGAACGAGUACGGCCAGGAGAACGUCAACUGGUUCCAGACCUUCCCUAUCGAAAACUUCAGAAAGAUUGGAAGCAAUGGAAACACCGACAACUUCCAGCUCAACCACCACAAGUACAAUUGGAAUGUCUUCGCUCUGGACGGAUACAAUACACUCGAGGUCGGCAUGCAAGGACCAGGGUUUAAGAAGAAUCCUGUGAAAAUCACCCUCGAGCGCGUCUGGAACUCCGAGUCUCACGGCGGAAAGGCUAAAGACAUCCCGCUGGUCUGGACCGGCAAGGUCAACUACCAGGAGAGCGCUAAGAACGAAAUGGCCAUGUUCGUUGUUCCCGAGGGCUUCGGAGCCGGACGACCUGUCGUUGCGCUUUGGCAGUGGUACCGGUUCAACCUUCCCAAGAACGACCCCAACAUCAUCUGCUACGAGCCGACCGACAAGUCCCCGCCAAGAGUCUCGUUCGUCCAGUACGGCACACAGAACAUUGAGCAUGAAAGUGAGGAAAGCGUCCAGUUCAACUUCAAACAUGACUACGAAGUUUUCGCCUCCUGGAGUCAGGGCAGUGGCAAGCUUGCCCUCCGCUUGAAGGAGCCCGAUUCCAAGACUCCGCAGAAUCUUGGAGAACUCAGCCUUUCUGGUCGUUUUGAUCGCAAGUCCUUUGGCUUUCACCCCCCUGAGUCGAAGCCAGAGCACCUCAAGCUGGAUGUCAGACUCCCUCAGCCUCAACCCUCGCUGCCUCGCAUUACCGGCAAGAUGCCUUUCCCUGAGACUCUUACGGAGACUCUGGCACACACUGCCGCGUUUGUCGACCAAGCCGGCUACCUUGCCAAGUACGCUGAGGAGCAAUUCAACGCUCUCAACGCCAAGUAUAGUCUGCGUGGCCAGCAGCUGGAUGCUGUCAAGGCCAAGAACGCCGGCCUUGAGAAGGCCAUCGAUCAGACGAGAGCCGAACUCCAAGCCGAGAGGAUGAGUCUUAUGGAGCUGGAGAAGCUCCUCACCGCCGCUCAACAGGCAAGAACCGCCAUGGAGGCGGCGUUCAACAAGAAGAUUGAGGAGAUUCUCAAGGAGAACGCAAAGAACAAGGACCACGAGGACAAGGAUCACCAGAUCAUCAAGAAGCUGCAGGAUCAGAUCGCCUCUGAGAGAGAUAAACUCAAUGACCGGAUCAACAAGCUCCAACAAGAUCUCAACAAGUCUAAGGCUGAGUUGAUCAACACAAAGUCAUUGCUCCUGACUGCCUUGAACGAAGUACGGAGCCUGAAGAGAACUAUCUCUCAGUUGGAAGGCAAGUUGGAGGCAUCUAACAGUGACAGAGAUGGCCUGAGGACCAAGGUCAGGGUUCUUGAAGCGAACAAGAAAAAGACGGAGAUCAGCUUGGGGGAUGCUGAAAGAGCUCUUGCUGUUGCCAAGAGCCAACUAGAGAACGAGCGAAAGCAACAUGCGAAGGAGCUUGCGGAUCAAAAGGCGGCCGCCGACAAGGCUGCCGACAAGGCCGCCGAGGCCGCCGAGGCCGCCGCUAAGGCUAAGGCUGAGGCUGAAGCUGAGAUUCAGAAACUGCGAGCUCAGAUUCAGGAGGAUGAUGACUUCCAUGAGCAGGAUAAGAAAUUCGUGGAGGAUGAUGAGCAGCGUAAAAUCAACUUACGGAGACAAUACGACGAGCUCACCAAACAGUUGGACGCGCCGGCGCCUGUCAGACCCGUCUGGAAGGGGCGUCAUUAAACAGACUCUGAGGGAUCCCGGAUUUGGAACUGGACUUGGGA